AUGGAGAUGAACGAUGGAAAUAAAGCGAGUGGCAAUGCACUGACGAUAUAUGUGGGCGAGCUGUCGACCCAAACGCUUGAGUCUGAUCUUUAUCGGAUUUUCUCUACGGUUGGGAAGGUGUUGGAUAUCAAGCUGACGAAGAAGCUUGAAUCGUCUUUUGCAUUUGUUACUCUUGGGAGUGAAGAAGAAGUGGAAAGGGCCAUCAAGGAGUACAAGCACUACGAGCUGCACAAUCGACAGAUAAGACUGCUGAAGGUGAUAAGUAAAGAGAAGAUGCCACCCGAAGCAGGUAAUAUUGUUGUGAAGAAUCUUCCGGAGGAGUUCACGGGGAAAGAUCUUGAGGAUGCAUUUUCGAUGUUUGGGGAGAUAACGAGUUGCAAGGUAGCACUUACUACAAAUGGAAAGUCGAAGGGGUAUGGAUUUGUGCAGUUUAAAGAGAAGAAGGCAGCUAAGAAGGUGAUUAAGAACUUCAGCAAUCUGGAUGGGUUGAUGUUGAAGGGAAAGAUGAUUAGUGUUGAGCCAUAUAACUCCGAGAUGAGGACUAAGGAGAUUCAGAAUGCAUCUACAGUUUUUACAAAUUGUUUUAUUAAGAAUUUCCCAGUAGAUGCGAGCGAGGUGGAUUUGGUUGAGAUGUUGGAGAAGCAUGGAAAAGUGACUUCGUUUUUUUUCCCAUUGAAGGAGGAUGGGAAGCCGAAGGGGUUUGCAUUUGCGAACUUUGAGUCGCAUAAUGCAGCGCUGAACGCAAUAAAUAAUUUGCAUGGAAAGGUUGUGUUUGAGAAUGUGAGCGAGCCAUUCUAUAUACAGAAGGCACAGAAGAAGGAAGACAGAGUGGAAGAGCUGAGGAAGACAUUUGAGCAGCUGAGCAUGCAUGGACAGAAUUACAAGAAGAACCUGUAUGUGACUAAUAUACCUGAGGGAUUUGGAGUUGAAGAGCUGCAAAACAUAUUUAAGGAGUUUGGGAUGAUUACAUCGAUUCUUGUUGGAGCUGAUGCAAUCAAUGCACAGAAGAAGUAUGCGUAUGUGUGCUACCUGACGCCUGAGGAAGCAAGCAUUGCAGUAGAGCGUGGGAAUGAGAUAUACAUUGAUGGAGAGCGAUUGCAGGUUACUUACUUUAAGAACAAGACGGAGAGGGCUAAAGACAAGGAUUUUGCAGAUAUAGGAUAUAAGCCUAUGAUGCCUUAUAUGUACCAGGGAAUAGGAUUUCCAUCUGGAGGGUUUAAGCGUGAGAGGGCACAUGUGAUGUCGUCGAAGCUUUAUGGAAAUGAGUCUGAAAAGCUAUAUGGACUUGUACUUGCAGCAGCACCUGGAUUUAAGAAUGACUGGAAGACACUUCGAGUGAGCAACGAGGCUGAGUUUGCAAGCAAGGUGUCUGAGAUUCUGCUGAGCAGACCUGAUGAGGAAAUACGAAGCAUGAUUGGAUUGAAUUUUACGCUGUCUAGCAGCAUAGCAUCGGUGAUUGAGAGCAUUGAUGUUGAGAAUGACCGUGCGGGAGAGAAUAUUAUUAAGGAUUAA